AUGAGAAGAGCAGCGUUUGAUUGGGCUAAACGCUUCGAUAUUAUUCAAGGUGUUGCUAGAGGACUUGUUUAUCUCCACCAUGAUUCCUGUUUGAAGGUAACAGAUCAAAAAAGCAUAACAGGCCUUGCCUUUUCUCAUGUUCUUAAAGUGCUUGUAUCGUCGGGCUCUGAUUCCCAGAAAUGUGAUGGUGGAGACGAGGAUGAUGGUGGUAAGACUGCUACUAUAGGUCGGAACUUGAGUCACACAACAAGGCCAAGCAUAGUGUUGAGAGGGAUACCUUAA